AUGCCAUGGAUGGAGGCCGUGAGCUUCCAAAAGCUAGCGGAGCUGCCAUCCAAGUUCGGUUGGCUGUUGGAAGCUCCUCUUGAGCACCAAGCUUCUCGCGGCACCAAGCACAGAGCAAGACUCCGCUACUUUGCCUACUCGCCAGUUUCGUUAGCUGCCAAGCUGUAUGUGAUCGUGUAUUGGCUGGAAGAGAUGACAAUGGUCAAUCAUGCUCAGAUACUGUGGGUCUGGCUCCUGUUUGUGCAGCCACUGGCGCUCAUCCUCGCGGUUGUGUACCGUGACAAGAUCUCAGAAUAUGUGGUUUAUUUGUUAGAAAGUCCGGCUGCCAGCAACAACCUCAUGAAGCUGCAGGCUUACGGAGUCGUGGCCUUGUAUUUGAUUCCGGUGUUGUGCAUGGGGUCAGCACAGGCAAUUGCAGAAACUUUGCCUUUGUCAGUCCUCGGCUACUUUUCCGUAUACUUGCCACUCAUGGAUGAUGCAAACACUGUAUCAGCAACGUUCGGCAUGCACUUUAUCGUGGCCGUCGCCUGCAGUUGUGGUGGCGCCGUAGAUUUGACCAAUUCCGCGAUAGCCUUCGCAGUCUGUUGCAGCGUGACGGAGGGUGUUGUCUUCCGUCUGUUAUUAAGCCGCUUUGACACCGGGCUGCGGGAAGAUGAGAUAUGUCAAUGUGCACCAAAGAAGCGGCUGCCUUUAGAGAUACAGAAGUUGCUGGAAGAAAGUGGCAACUCACGCAUGCUUCUAGGCGACUCAUUGCGUGCAUUUGCUUUCCAUGCUGAUUUAAUCCAUCGUGAGGGCCGAGGGGCCUUGAAGCACUUGCUGCUCAGCCAGCGAAAACGAGUCGAUCGCCGCGAGGAAGGCCUGGGCCAGUUGAUUGCCCUCAUCUACUUGCGGGAGACGUGUGGACUUGACCGAAAUUCUUUGCUUCACAUCUUCCAGUUUUUGCAAGACUGGCAGCCAUUGCAGCACCCUGCGGGUGCAGCCGGACUCCUAGGACCCUGCUCAGUCAUAUCGAGCGGCACAUACGCGCACAAUGCUUCGGGCUCUGGCUCCAUGACAACGAUCGAGCGUAUCCAGAAUGCAACACGGCGACUCCUUCAAAGCUUUUGA